AUGAGCUUCACGGUGGCCUCCUGGCCAGAGCUGAAGAAAGACCUCAUGACCCCCUCGCCGGACCGUCGGCUCGGCUCCGGCGGAGCCCAGCAGGUCCGAGGCCACAAGUGGUUUGAGGAACAGGGCUUUGACUUCGAUGAGCUGCGCAAGCAGGAGCUCCCUCCACCCCGGGACAGGUGGGCUCGGCGCUCGUCGAAAGCGCCGUCGUCGCGGUCGAUGAGCCGACUGUACUCCAGGGACUAUUCCAAGGAAUCCCUGCAGGAAGCCACUGUGGAGAUCGACAAGCACGAUGAGGAUGACGUUUUCAAUGAGAUUCCCAAUGAGGACUGCAUCUGGACCAACGUGGUCUUCGUAGAUGGUGAGAUUAAGAAGACAGGUGGAUCUAACAAGUCCUACGACGCUGUUGCGACAACCAUGUCGCGCUGCUCAGUGCGGAUCAACUGCAGCAACACGCGAGGCAGCGGAGUCGUGUGCUUCGGGCUCACCGCAGACGCUGGAGAUGACCAUACCUUUCCGCAUGGCUACUGGAUUGGCGUUCUUCCGACCCUGAAAGGCCAGAAGCCGCAAGGCACGAACGGCUAUGUUGUUUCCCAGGGGAGCUUCGUCACCUUGGCAAUCGAUGAGGGAGAAGCUCUCGUCUACCUGGACGGGGAGGAAGGCUCUUAG